GCUGGAGGCUUUUGUUCUGGGGGCUCUUCUGCUAUGCAGCCGGUUGGUGCCCCAGCCCCACAACCCCCUGCCACUAGGAAGCUGGAGUUUAGCUUUUCGUUUUUCUCCCCUCUCCCAAGGGAAACGGGGGAGCAGGAAUCCUUUUUCCAUGACCCCAAGUUACAAUUGUCUUCUUUCGCAGAAAAGGAUUUGUAUGAGGGGUGCUGUGGGGAUUGGCCUGUCCAUAUCCAGCUGGGAGCUCCUGGGAUGUUUAUUUGUGGUAACCAGAAAGCAUGUUGUGAAGGGGUAACCAUGGGUCAGACCGGAAAGAAAUCUGAGAAGGGACCAAUUUGUUGGCGAAAGCGUGUGAAAUCAGAAUACAUGCGGUUGAGGCAGCUCAAGAGGUUUCGUCGAGCAGAUGAAGUAAAGAGUAUGUUUAAUUCUAAUCGUCAGAAGAUACUGGAAAGAACAGAGAUCUUAAAUCAAGAGUGGAAGCAGCGUAGGAUACAGCCUGUACACAUCAUGACUUCUGUGAGCUCAUUGCGCGGGACCAGGGAGUGCUCUGUUACCAGCGACUUAGAUUUUCCAAAACAAGUCAUCCCACUCAAGACUUUGAAUGCUGUUGCUUCAGUGCCUAUAAUGUAUUCUUGGUCUCCCCUUCAGCAAAACUUUAUGGUAGAAGAUGAAACAGUUUUACAUAACAUUCCUUAUAUGGGAGAUGAAGUGCUUGACCAGGAUGGUACAUUUAUUGAGGAAUUGAUCAAGAACUAUGAUGGGAAAGUUCAUGGAGACAGAGAAUGUGGAUUUAUUAAUGAUGAGAUAUUUGUGGAGCUGGUCAAUGCACUUGGUCAGUAUAGUGAUGAUGAAGAUGAUGAUGAUGGAGAUGAUAUUUGUGAUGAGAGAGAUGAAAAGCAGAAAGACCGAGAAGGAAAUAGAAUAGACAAAGAGAGUCAUCCACCUCGGAAAUUUCCUUCUGAUAAGAUAUUUGAAGCCAUUUCCUCGAUGUUUCCAGACAAGGGUACAGCUGAGGAACUGAAGGAAAAAUACAAAGAACUCACAGAGCAGCAGCUUCCAGGAGCUCUUCCUCCUGAGUGUACACCAAACAUAGAUGGACCAAAUGCCAAAUCUGUUCAGAGGGAGCAGAGUCUACACUCCUUUCAUACACUCUUCUGUAGGCGCUGUUUUAAAUAUGACUGCUUCUUACAUCCAUUCCAUGCAACUCCUAACACUUACAAGCGGAAGAAUACAGAAACAGCAAUAGAUAAUAAACCUUGUGGACCGCACUGUUAUCAGCAUCUGGAAGGGGCGAAGGAGUUUGCAGCCGCACUCACUGCUGAGCGUAUUAAAACACCACCAAAGCGCCCAGGUGGUCGCCGAAGGGGAAGACUUCCAAAUAACAACACCAGUAGACCCAGCACACCAACAAUAAAUGUGCUGGAAUCAAAGGACACUGAUAGUGACCGGGAGGCUGGAACUGAAACUGGAGGUGAAAAUAAUGAUAAAGAGGAGGAGGAGAAGAAAGAUGAAACAUCCAGCUCCUCUGAAGCAAAUUCUAGGUGUCAAACACCAAUUAAGAUGAAGCCAAAUAUUGAGCCUCCUGAGAAUGUGGAGUGGAGUGGUGCAGAAGCCUCAAUGUUCAGAGUUCUUAUUGGCACCUACUAUGACAACUUUUGUGCAAUUGCCAGGUUAAUUGGGACCAAAACGUGUAGGCAGGUGUAUGAGUUUAGAGUAAAGGAAUCUAGUAUUAUUGCUCCAGCUCCUGCUGAAGAUGUUGAUACCCCUCCAAGAAAGAAGAAAAGGAAACACAGGUUGUGGGCUGCUCAUUGCAGAAAGAUACAGCUGAAAAAGGAUGGAUCAUCUAAUCAUGUUUACAACUAUCAGCCAUGUGAUCAUCCACGUCAGCCCUGUGACAGCUCAUGUCCAUGUGUGAUUGCUCAAAACUUCUGUGAGAAGUUUUGUCAGUGCAGCUCAGAAUGCCAAAACAGGUUUCCUGGAUGCCGCUGUAAAGCACAAUGCAACACUAAGCAGUGUCCAUGCUAUCUGGCUGUGCGUGAAUGUGAUCCAGACCUCUGUCUUACGUGUGGAGCAGCUGAUCACUGGGACAGCAAAAAUGUUUCCUGCAAGAACUGCAGCAUUCAAAGAGGAUCCAAAAAGCACUGUACACUUUAGCAACUGGAGCUGCUUGGUGCCAGGAAUACUGAAAGGAGAGGGAAGAGUGCAAUUGGCCAGUAGGCACUCCCGUCAUCCCCAUAGCUGCAUUUAUAUCUUGCUAGUUGAAAACCGCUGCUCUACUCCAUCUGCAUGCGGUCAGAAAACGUAAGAACCGAACUUCUAUUUGUAGACUUUUUAAAAAAUGUCUUAAUUUUCUUACUGCAUUUUCUUGCAUUUAACCUGCACCCUGCUUCCCCCCCACCAACCUCAACCAGCUGGGGAAAAAUCAGGGUGUGCAUUAUAUGCGAGGAAAAGGGCUCCCCAUGGGUCUAUAACAGGGGUGGGCAAAAUGCGGCCUGGGGGCCAGCUGUGGCCUGCCAGGCUAUUCUAUCCAGCUCGCAGGGUCCCUAAAAUUUUAGAAAAUUAAUAUUUAUCUGCCCUGGGCUGCCUGUCAUGCGGCCCUCGAUGGCUUGCCAAAACUCAGUAAGUGGCCCUCCGCCCAAAAUAAUUACCUGCACCUGGUCUAGAAAUUGGGAGGGGUGGCCGUGUUAAUGGAUGCAAUUUUGGGAGCAAUGGCAAUUAACCCUGCUACAGCUCCUUUUCCCUCCCCAAAAUUUCCAGACCACAGGUCUGACCCAUCACACAGCCUCUGACCUGGCCUAUGGCUCCAGACAGCCAGUCCAUAGGGUUGGACCUGGCGCACAUUCUUGGAGUUAGUGUGCUGGAUUGGGACCCAGUGCCUGGCCCCAAUACCAGUGCUGGAUUGGGCUUGCACUGUUGCAUAGCCCCCAGCCCUGGCAAACCCCAUGCCUCUGAUACUUAAUGGUACUGCAAGGUAAGAAUCCCCUCUCCCAUUCCUUUUUGCAGCCUUCUAAAAAUAGUGUGCAAAUUAUAUUCAAGGGCAUGUAGCAUGCAAAAAAACAUGGUAUUUUUAUUCUGCGCUAUGUAUGUUUAAUAUAUCCACAUACAGUUCUGGUCCAUCUUUUUUGGACUUAACCAAUGAAUUCCUACCUUGAAAUGCUCUUUUGAUAGCUCUGUGUAUAUGUCUUCCUUCAUGUACAGUUUUCUUUCCUUCCAGCCCAACUUGUGCCUGUGUGUAGGUUACAGCUAUUUGAUCUUUGUCAGCUUGUCUCAUCUCGGGGACAUGAUGUAGGCUCGAGG